AAGAUGGCACCCGUUGGGAAAAAAUCCAAGAAGGGCAUCCUAGAACGCUUAAAUGCAGGAGAAGUUGUGAUUGGAGAUGGAGGGUUUGUCUUUGCACUGGAGAAGAGGGGCUAUGUAAAGGCUGGACCCUGGACACCAGAAGCUGCUGUGGAGCACCCUGAGGCAGUUCGCCAGCUUCACCGAGAGUUUCUCAGAGCCGGGUCAAAUGUCAUGCAGACCUUCACCUUCUACGCCAGUGAAGACAAGCUGGAAAACAGAGGAAACUAUGUUGCAGAGAAGAUAUCAGGGCAGAAAGUCAACGAAGCUGCUUGUGACAUUGCCCGGCAAGUGGCUGAUGAGGGAGAUGCUUUGGUGGCAGGAGGUGUGAGUCAGACACCUUCGUAUCUUAGCUGUAAGAGUGAAACUGAAGUUAAGAAAAUAUUUGCCCAGCAAUUAGAGGUGUUCAUGAAGAAGAACGUGGACUUCCUCAUUGCAGAGUAUUUUGAACACGUGGAAGAAGCUGUGUGGGCAGUGGAGGCCUUGAAAGUAUCUGGCAAACCAGUGGCUGCUACCAUGUGCAUUGGCCCAGAAGGAGACCUGCAUGGUGUGACCCCUGGCGAGUGUGCAGUGCGUUUGGUGAAAGCAGGAGCCUCCAUUGUUGGGGUGAACUGCCACUUCGACCCCACGAUUAGUUUACAGACAGUGAAGCUCAUGAAAGAGGGCUUGGAGGCGGCCCGGUUGAAAGCUUACCUGAUGAGCCAGCCCUUGGCCUACCAUACCCCUGAUUGCGGCAAACAGGGAUUUAUUGAUCUCCCAGAAUUUCCCUUUGGACUGGAACCCAGAGUUGCCACCAGAUGGGAUAUUCAAAAAUAUGCCCGAGAGGCCUACAACCUGGGGGUCAGGUACAUUGGUGGGUGCUGUGGAUUUGAGCCCUACCACAUCAGAGCAAUUGCAGAGGAGCUGGCCCCAGAGCGUGGGUUUUUGCCACCAGCUUCAGAAAAACAUGGUAGCUGGGGAAGUGGUUUGGACAUGCACACCAAACCCUGGAUUAGAGCAAGGGCCCGGAAGGAGUACUGGCAGAACCUUCGGAUCGCCUCUGGCAGGCCCUACAACCCUUCCAUGUCAAAGCCAGAUGCCUGGGGAGUGACCAAAGGGACAGCAGAGCUGAUGCAACAAAAGGAAGCCACAACAGAGCAGCAGCUGAAAGAGCUCUUUGAGAAACAAAAAUUCAAAUCAGCACAGUAG